ACAGAAAUAAACAACAACCGGACUUGAGAUCGGGUGCGUACUCACUUCAGUUGGCAUCGGACGUUAGUCUUGCGAAGAUCGAUCGCGGUUGUGGGCAGUGCGACUUAGUCAAAACAUCUCAAGAUGCCGAAAACAGCGGCAGUUACUCCUCUCCCAGAAGAACCGAUAAAUAAUGCGAAAAGAUUUCGCCUGGAGCUUCUCUAUCUCUGUGUGAUUCUUCUAAUGAUUGUGGCUUUGUCAGCUGGCUAUUUCACGUGGAUGAUGUCCCACUCCACAAGCUCGACGAACAAGGGCCUACACAUACUCGAUCGCAGCGAAUGGCAGGGGGAACCACCCAGUGGGAAGUACCCGCACCUCAAGCUUCCCGUCUCCAAUAUUAUCAUUCACCACACGGCAACUGAAGGAUGCGAACAAGAGGAUGUUUGCAUAUACCGCAUGAAGGCAAUUCAGGCAUUCCAUAUGAAAUCUUUCGGUUGGGUCGACAUUGGCUAUAACUUUUUGGUUGGCGGCGAUGGUCAAGUCUACGUAGGACGCGGCUGGCACAUCCAGGGUCAGCAUGUGAAUGGAUAUGGUGCCAUCUCAGUUAGCAUAGCCUUCAUCGGAACCUUUGUGAAUAUGGAGCCACCAGCUCGACAAAUCGAAGCAGCCAAGCGACUGAUGGACGAGGGCGUACGUCUCCAUAGACUGCAGCCGGAUUACCAUAUAUAUGCCCAUCGCCAAGUUAGUCCCACCGAAAGUCCUGGCCAGAAGCUUUUCGAGCUGAUGCAGGAUUGGCCACGAUACACGCGGGAUCCAACAUCAUUGCGACUCCUAAGCAAUGAGACUAUGAAGCUAGUUACCCGUCCUUAUUGGUUGGCCCAGCCACCUAUAGUGCCACUUACUCCUUUGAAGCUGCCAAUUGAGAGCGUGAGAUUUGUGGCAACCAGUACUCCAUCAUGUUUCACUCAAGCCGAAUGCACUUUUCGUGUGCGCCUUAUGCAAAACUCUCACAUUGAGAGCAAUGGAUAUAAUGACAUUAACUAUAAUUUCGUUGCGGCUGGGGACGAAAACAUCUACGAGGCCAGAGGUUGGGAUCACAGCUGUGAACCUCCAAAAAAUGCGGAUGAACUAGUCGUGGCCUUUAUUGGCCCUUCGAGUAGCAAUAAAAAGAUAGCACUAGAACUAAUCAAACAGGGCAUCAAACUUGGCCAUAUAAGCAAGAACUAUAGUCUAAUUGACGAUUUAGAAAAGUCAUAGAAAACUGAAAGCAAGGGGAAUGAAGCUUUGCCAGUGCCAUUCCUGUGCCAUUUUUCAAAGUGAUAUUAAUUUAAGACCUAAUAUUAAGCAUCUCAAAUAUCUCAUAUCCAAUACGUCACAAUCUCCUUCGUAUUUAUAGAAAUAAACAAGCCUUUAUUGAGUUUCAA